AUGCCUGUCGCCGUCCCAGCUGCGCCGCCCGUCUUGCGCCCACCAUCCUUUUCCAUCCAGACAUCUCCAAAGGCCAACAUGGCCGCUCUUGGUGUCGUGACCGGUGACCCUAUGGCGGUGCGCCGCUCGCGCCCACAACAGCAGAAGCAGCAGCAGCAGCAGCAGCAGCUGCAGCCGCUGCAGCCGACCCGUGCCUCCACAGACCCACGGGCAAGCUAUGCGCCCCCUGCGACCAUGGAUCAAUCUCAGCCAAAGUCCAAUUCUAUUCCUGCACCCUUCCCUACAUCGCGCCACCAACCCACAAACUCGGCAUCCAACUUGCCUGCGAUAGCUGGAUUGGCGGAUGCUGGACCAUACCCCUCAACUCCAGCGCAAAUGCGGCAAACAGCCGGAGCAGCAGCAGGUGGCCUCGGCCUACCAGCAUUGCCGGCUUUGCCCGGCGCCGGCCCCAGCGGCGGGCUCCAGAUACCCCAGGGUAUGAAACCUGGGGAGGAGAUCUGCCUCGAGUGUAUGAUGCGUGACCGUGACCUUGCCGACGUCGAUGUCACCGGCGAUGGUGUCUGGGAGCGUGCCAGUGAUGCCGCUCUCGACGAGCUCAAGGCGCGCGAGUAUGACCUGUUGCGAGGCAUGUCGGUCGACCACUCGGUGUCGGCAUGGUCUGUCGACGAGUCGAUAUCGAGCAGCACCCACGGUGAGACGCUGUCAAGCCCUCGCUCGCAUGCCUCUGGCGUCUAUUCGGACGAGGCAGCGCGCACUGCUGCUGCCAAAAAGCAGCAAGCAAGAGAAGCACGUCGCCAGCGUCGUGAGGACCGUGACGCGCAGAUUGCACGCAUCGGAUGGCGUGGCUUCAAGUGGGAGGAAGGGUCUGGCGGUGAUGGCUUCCCUGUUGGGUUCCGCGGCACCCGUCCAGGCCCCUUGACGGAGAAGGGCAUUAAGAAUGUCAUGACCAUGUUCCCCUCCUCAUCUGCACUACGCUUCCAAAUUCUCCAGAGCUACCUCCGCGGACAAUACCGGCUGAUAAUCGAGUUGAGACAAGAGGCUCAACGCCUCGGUCAAUACCCAGAGCCCCAGGAGCUCACCUACCCUCCAUCGCCGACUCUUGAGAGCCACGACUCGGUCCUCAGUGGCAGCCUUGCUUCCCAGCGCACUGCUCGCGUCAGCAUGGAACGUGGCGCACCGUCUAUCAAGGCGCCUUCCAUCAGCACAGCUCGGUCGGCGCCGGUCACGAUGCAGCAGCCGGUGCCGAGGUUGAGAGAGAGCCCAUCGACGCCCGCUGGUCUCAACUCUGGCAUCAAGGCUCGCCCAAGAACCCACUACGACCGCGAGCCAACCUCAGCAGCGUCGCGGCUCUCGACCGCGACCAAUAUCCGACCUUCCCCGAACCUUGGAUUGGGUACAUCGCCCUCGAACCGCGCAUCUCACCUCAAGGCGCCGAGCGGCUCGACUGGGCCCAAGGGUCGCGAGUCCAAGUUCUACGCCGGCGACGAUUGGUCGGACACGGAGGAUCUGUGGCCCGGGUACGACGAGCUUGGUGGCUCGGCUGGCUCCAACAAUCUUCGUCCGUUUUCGUUUGCUGUGCGCGCUGGUCAGCAGCGCGAGCGCGAGGGAAGCAUUGGCAGCCACCACAGACGCUCCUUCUUUGGCAAGUUUGGUGACUCAGUUACGUCCUUCUUUACCGGCAGCCACGGUGGCAGCGGCAGCAUGAUGGACAUGCACCUCGGCCUCGACAUGGACCGCCGUAACCGCACUUCGUCCUAUCAGGUCCACGAAAGCCCGCGCGUCAGUGCGUUCAUACCCAGUCGGCCAAGCUACUCUGGGAGACGAUCGUACCUCGGGCAGCAGCCCAAUGAGGACCCCCUUGCACCGCCACCCGUUCUGCAGGAGCGUCCACGUGCCAAGUCUGUCACCGCCAUGCAUCCAAGCGCCCGCCUCACGCAGGUGUCCAUGUACGCGCCCGAGCCGGCCGACGAUGAGGUCUCGCCCAAGAAGAAGGGCGGCAUCAAGGGUCUCAUUCAGAAGAUGAAGAAGGGCGGCAGCAGCAAGAAGGACCGGAGACAGUCGCUUUCUGCUGCGCUUGCGGUCGAGGAGAACUCUCCAGGUUCCGACCUCAUUCCGCCACCGCCGAUGAACUUCCUCGUCAACCGUGGCGAGCGUAACCACGACCGCAAGCGCUCUAGCUCAUCCAUCUCGAUGGCCAAUGACAGUCAGGGCUCGCUGGCGCCAGCAAGCCAGGGCCAGCGCUCUGUGUCUGCGCCGCUUGGGUCAUCGGGUAGCGACAUUAGCCCCACAAGCUCCCGCUUCCAGCCUGAUCGGCCCACGGAUCUGCCACGCCGCAGCACUGCACCUGCAGUCGAGUUGCCGCCUGGAGCUGCCGAAGCUGGCUACAACCUGCACCGGGGCUCGCUCAUGGGCUCGACAAUGGAGAUGCUCACCGGGUCAUCGCACAAUGGUGUGCCGCACCCAGUCGUUACGCCCGACCUGCAAAUGGUUUAUGAUGAACCGCAGCCAUUGCGCGAGACGAUGCUGCCCAACACAAACGGCGCGGCGCAUCCUCCCUACGCCGUGGCAGGCAAUGCCCAAUCGUACGCAGGCAAGGGUAACAUGCAGCAGUCGAUGUCGUCGCGGUACUCUUCCUCGACGACCACUGUACCUGCGCUCGAGACACCCGAGUCGGCCAACAACAUGAACUCGUACCUUGCACCCGCACCGCAGGGCAACACGUCUCCCAACCGGUUCAAGAAUCUGCCGCCUCUGCCGCCCGGGAUGAUACCCAAGCAGGGGUCGCCCAGCAUAGGCUCACCCGAGAUGUACAGCGAAGCGGACGCGCUCUCGAUGCGCGGCAGUGUGUACGACAACAAGCGCAUGUCGUCGAUGCCGUACCCUCGCGCGUCUAUGUCGGCUGAGCCACCCACCAACUACCGCACCGGUGUCCCUCCUUCUUCCGAGUACUUCCCUACUGCCUCGCCCCGGUACCACCAACCCCCGCAGGGCAACCAGUCUCCUGGUCCUAUACACUCUGGGUCUCCCGGCUCGUCUGGUUCGCGUUCCUCGACCUCUACGCCUUUCCUCCAGCCAGGCAGUGGCUUUGUCCCACAGCAGCGUGUCAUACAGCCACGCGCCAGCUUUGACGUGCUUGCCGACAACCGUUCUGCGCGUGUGCGCCGCUCAACUGCAGUCCCCGGCAUGGGCAUGCCAAUGGACUGGGGCCGCAAUGCCCAGAGCAUGUACAUCCAGCAGUCGGCCGCUGCGUCGACGGGGUCGUUCGGCCGCUUCCUCAAGGGCGACCCGCGCGGCGCUGGUGGACCACCACCGCCGCACGUCGCCAACAUGGUCGCGUCGUCCGUCGCGCCGACCGAGGACAGAAAGGAGCGCCGCCGCGGCAUCAAGAGCAUUUUUGGCAAGAAGUAG